GUUUAUCCCCAUUCGAUUCGUUGUUGGUUUAUUCCCAGCGCCAUAUCAUUUAAAACAUCUUUCAUUUCAAGCUUGCCUUGUUAAAGGAUAGCAAGAACGUUAAAUAUUGCUUUAUUAAUAUUCUGAGUGGCCUAGCUUCGUAACAUUGUACGGAGUCCAUACAUGGAUAAGCUUGGAGGGUUUCGGAUGAUGUUGUGUGUGGCCGGUGUCUUUCUUUCGGCUUACGCACUAAAUGUGGAGGUUUCAAAGUCUAAUAACAAAGAUUACCGAGCUAUAUGUGACAUCAGCGAGAAGAUCAGUUGCUCCAAGGUGUUUUCCUCCAAGUAUGGCACUGGUUUUGGAUUGGUAGAGCCAAUCUUUGGCAAGGAUUCAACCCUGAAUGUCCCUAAUAGUAUUUUUGGAAUAAUGUUCUACACUAUGGUCUUUCUUCUGGGAUUUUCCCGAAGCAAGCUUGCGGCUCAGCUUUCAGUUUUCUCUGCUGUUUUAUCCUGCCUAGGAUCUGUCUAUCUGGGAUGCAUUCUCUAUUUUGUUUUGCAAGAUGUAUGCAUUAUUUGUAUUUCAACGUAUGUUGUCAAUGCUUGCCUCCUUGUUGUCAACUCGUUGUCCCUUGUUAAUUUACAAGAGAGGACAAAGAGAAAGCAAAAAUAACAAAUAAAAUACUAUUAUAAAUAAUAAUUUAUUUAAAAUAUA